AUGAGUAAACAGUUCAGGAAUUUCUAUCCUCAAGUGGAUGUCGAAGCACUGAGGCAAGAAUACAUUGGUAAAAAUGUUCUUGAUCUGCCUACUCCAUCCUUCAUAGUUAAUAAAGAUACAAUUGAACGCAAUUGUCUUCACAUGAUCCAGGGAGCUAAAAACAUCAAAGCUAGCUUUCGACCCCAUCUAAAGACACACAAGACACUAGAGAUAACAAAGUUCCAACUUGGUGAUUAUUCUACUAAAGUAGUAGUGUCCACUCUGAGAGAAGCAUGGAGUUUAAUUCCAUUCUAUGAGCAGGGCAGAGUACGAGAUGUAUUGUAUGGACUUCCUAUUGUCAAGUCCAAAAUUCCGGAGCUGGAUGAUUUAAGUACAUACGUAGACACAUUGAGGAUAUUAGUUGAUAAUAUUGAUCAAUUGAAAUUACUGCAGGAAUAUGGAAGAGAGAAGCCGUGGCAUAUUAUGAUCAAAGUUGAUAUGGGCACCUCGCGAGCAGGAUUGCACUACCAGUCUGAAGAAUUUAAACAACUGGUUCAAGCUAGUGUUGAUGAGCACUCUGAUGUGGUGACCCUAGAUGGGUUCUAUUGUCAUGCCGGCCACUCUUAUAGUUCUCAUUCUUCAAAAGAAGCUGAAGAUUAUCUCUAUGAUGAGAUUGUUGCUGGCAAUGUUGCGGCUGGAUAUGCCAAAUCUAUUGUUCCAAGCGGAAAAUAUCUAGUCUCAGUUGGUAGUACUCCCACAGGACAUGCUUCAGCAGAAAUUGCUCUCACUAAGAUUUUACCUGUCUCUGAUAAUAUUGAUGAGAUCGAGUUGCAUGCCGGUAACUACGCUCUUUGCGAUUUACAACAGUGGGCGACCGGGUGUAUUUCCGAGGAUAAUAUAGCUUGUCGAGUAUUGGUAGAAGUUGCUUCUACGUAUCCUGGAAGAGGUAAAUCGGAGCUCGGGGAAGUGCUAAUUAAUGCAGGAGUUAUUGGAUUAGCAAGAGAACCUGGUCAGCUCCCCGGUUUCGGACUCGUGUCCAGCAAACCAUAUGACAAUUGGUAUGUGGACAGAGUUAGUCAAGAGCAUGGAAUUCUUACUCCUUUUACGGAAUCAACUGUAGCUAGUAUUCCCAAACCUGAACAAAUUGCAAAAGAAUUUCCACCCCUAGGAACUAAACUACUGGUCAUUCCCCAGCAUGCUUGUAUUGCAUCAAACUCUUACCAAUGGUAUUUUAUUACCGACGACGAGGGUAAAAUGGUUGUCGACGUGUGGGUUCCAUGGAGGGGCUGGUAA